CAGAAGUCUCUCCCAGUCCUCUAGAGUUGGCAAAUCCGACGGAAGUGUCGUUCUUAAGCUUGCCCGCGUUUAUGCCUCCGUGCUAAACGUGCUGGGAAACAGCAGCCGACAAGUAGACGCUUCCGAAGCUCAACCGCACUUUCUUCCUCGUCUUCUUGCUGUUAGGGUGCCUAAGAACCUCCCCGACAGCUAUAGCUUCAUUAUUUAUCCUUUUCAAAACACAACAGCGUGAAACUAUUCGGCUGUUUCCGUUGUAGCUUUUAGCUUAGCUUCCAAGCUAACAGCACUUGACCUAACAUGGUAUCUUAUUAAAAUGAAGUGCUUCAUAUUGCGUCGAUAUUGAUGGACGCCAUGUAGAAAGAUGGUUUGAUUUGGUGAAGGUGUGUACAUUACCCUUGGCAGGUGAUGGUAUGGUAAAUCACGUGGUGUUUGCUGGCUAAUGCAAUUGUAGCUUUUUUGUGCUCAUAAGCAUUAAGUAGACGGACUGGCCACAACAUUAGAUGAAAGAAACAGUUAUGAAUCAGGAAAAAUUAGCUAAACUGCAGGCGCAAGUUCGCAUUGGUGGAAAGGGUAGCGCCCGGCGAAAGAAGAAGGUGGUCCACAGGACGGCGACGGCGGACGACAAGAAGCUGCAGUUCUCUUUGAAGAAACUGGGAGUGAACAACAUCUCUGGCAUCGAGGAGGUGAACAUGUUCACCAACCAAGGCACGGUGGUUCACUUCAACAACCCCAAAGUGCAGGCCUCACUGGCCGCCAACACUUUCACCAUCACGGGACACGCGGAGACCAAGCAGCUGACGGAGAUGCUGCCUGGAAUCCUCAACCAGCUGGGAGCAGACAGCCUGAGCAGCCUGAGGAGGCUGGCUGAGGCCUUGCCCAAACAAGCCACAGAUGGAAAAGCGCCAAUCGCUGCAGUCGAAGAAGAAGACGACGAAGUUCCAGAUCUGGUGGAGAACUUUGACGAGGCGUCCAAGGAUGAGGCGAACUAACGAGAGGAAGUCUGAACUCUCUGGAGCAUCGCAGCUCGAGGCGGUCGUGUGGGAUCUUUUAAAACUUCCAGGGGACGUAACGUCAACAUUUACCUGAGAACGUUGUGUUCAGGUAAAACGCGCCUAGUUAGGAUCCUUUCGCCUCUUUCUUUAUUGGACUCUCCCACUGCUCCUUGUGGUCCAGCCCCACUGAACAAUCGUGUGUAAAAUGUCUUAAUGACUCCAUUACUCAACCCUCACGCUGCUUCAGUGGCCUUGUUAAUACCGCCGUGUCUGGAAUUAAAGUGUAUCUACUGUCA